UCACAGUCGGCGUGAGCUGUGGGAGCCCCGGCCGCUAUGCGACAGGCAAAGUGGGGGCGGUAUGCCAAGCGUCGCUGGAAAGCUGGAUUUUCCAAAGUGGAGCCGACGCGAACGACCGCGCGCAGGUUGCAGAAGUGCGCCGUUUUUGCCCCGAUCCUGAAACUUCUCGGCGACUCUGUGAAAGGCGCGGCUUCAUAUCGCGGCGCGGACGUGCCUCCUGGAGCUGCUGAUCUGGAAGACCGCGUGAGGGAUUGCAAUGAGCUUUACGGCGCUGCCCAAUACGUUCGCAGAUUUUGUAGCAGCGCGUUCGGAAUGGCUGCCGCUUCGAAGCUGAUGGAAGAAGGCGCUUCACGGGGACAUCCUGGCGACUACGACAACGACCCAGAGCCGGGGGAUUCGGGCAGUGUCAUGAGUUAGCAAGAAACGACCGAAUGGGCCCCGCAUGUGGGCAACUGGCAGUUUCGCGAGUGGAGACAAGCCAACUCCGCGAUUUCUUGACGAGACUGGCAGGUGCGCCGUGCGGGCGUUCGACAGCGCCGCCUAGAAGUACGGGUAUAAGGUGCGCAUCCCGCGGGGCGUCGCGGUGCAAACUGCAAAGUCCUGCAGUCAGCCGCUCAUCUGUUCGAUCACGGCGCUGCUAAGCCUGUUGCGCCCAUGCUCUCGCGACGACGGCGCUGCUCAGUUUUUUGCGCCCGUGCAUUCAUGGCCGCUGUGCGCCUGAGAUCCGCGGCGCUGCUCAGCCUGC